GUGAAAACUGGUAAGAACUGAACUCAAGGAAACCCCAGCUUCCAAACUUAAAGCGACAGUACCACAUUUUUUCAUAUUUGUCCUUGUUUUUUUUAUGAAUACAGUUCCUAGAUUGCAACUCUAAUACAGUAACAUAGAAGAAUAUCUGCAGGACAUGUCAGGUCUACGGAAUCAGGGCUCAAAGCCAUACGACGGUGUUGUGACCGACAGAGGUAUUGGAAAUGGUGGAGAUCCUGCUUGGGCAAUGCAGCACCACGCCAAAGGUAACUGGCCUCAUUAUAACAACUCGGAAACUAUGAACUGGCCUGCCCAUGGAGUAACACAGGAGCCAGUACCAUAUCCAGGAUAUCCUUCCAGUUACUGGUACCCACAAGCACCACCAGCCGGUCUUUACUCAGGCACCUAUUCACCAGGAUCUGAAGCAAAUGGGCAACCGCCAUAUAAUCAACAGGGAGUAGCAGGCUACCCUAAUGGGGCCUAUAACCCCACACAGUAUCCUGGGUCUCUCCACCCUACAAACCCUUUCUACUGCCAGGCCCAGCAGCAAACCCAGCCACCCUACCCUUCCCAGGUUCGCUGUGAGACUGGGCCCCACCCUGUGGCUCCUGGAGUGGGGGGACAGCCAGAGCGCAACCCGUCAUAUCCUGUCCCGGAAGGCCAAACAUCUCUAGGCUACUCUUACCAGCAGUAUGGCGAAAGGGUGGCUGAUGUCUCCCAAAACCCUUCCUACCUGUCUCCGCCUUCUUCAUGCUCUGGGCCCCAUCUUGAGGCCUGGCCCCAAGCACCUGGUUAUGGGCUUCCACAGCAACAGUGGAGUGCAGGGCAGCAAAGACCAGCUGCUUCAUAUGAGAACUCCUUCAUGAGCUCACAGCACCAGGCCUGGCCUAGUGCGGGCCCCUCAGCACAAACUUGCGAUCCAAAGGACCCUCAGUAUUCAGGGUACCCCCACCCAGGCCAGUCUCCAUCCCAAAUUGGCCCUCAAACAAGACCACCAAACCCUGGUUCUGGACAGCGGGGUGAAUACAGCUCCCCUCCCCAGCUCUACACCCAGGAAGGGAGGAAACCAGAACCCUACUCAGCCCAGAAAUCCACGGAGGAAGAGCCACCCCCUCCACAAGGACCCCAGGUGAGCGAUAACCCUGCCCUGCCUCGCAUACAGCAAGUCACAGAGCGUGUCCGGCUGCUGGAGGAGGAUGUGAAUGAGUUUGUGGGCCGCAAAGCAGACAGGAGCUACCGCUGCCUGGAGGAGCUGCUGACCAAGGAGCUACUAGAGCUGGACUCGAUCGAAACCAAGGGCCAGGAGUCGAUGAGGCAGGCCAGGAAGGAGGCCGUACAGAAGGUCCAAGGAAUCCUGGAUAGGCUGGAGAGGAAGGCCUUCUGAGGUGGAUGGGCCCACCUGACUCACUGCUGUCGUGACAGUUGUUCAAAUAAUUCCACUGUUUUUACAGUCCGGUUCUUCUUUCAAUACCAGCCCACCAGACGGAGAUCUCAAAAACAGUGAUGAUUGACCUGUGUCCGAGCAGGCUGAAAGCUUUCUUGACAUGCACUGUUAUGAGAUUUGGUCGUUACGGGAUGCUUGUUAGGUUUGAAUCAGGAUCAUUUUGAUGAGGAUUCUUUUCACCUCGUCCUUUUCUUUCAGUCUCGAUUAUUUGUCCAAAUUUAAUGAGCUUUUUUUGUCUAAAAGGAACCUAUCUUAAUAUUGUGAAACUAGCAAUAACCAGGUUUCUGGAAUUUCAUGUAUUCCUAUGUGUACGGAAGUUAUUUAUGUACAUUUUAUUUUUGUAAUUUGUUUUUUAAAUGUUACUACCUUACACGUUUAGCUUUGUAACAUGCAGUUUAGUUUUCCUUUUAGACACAAAGAAUUCUAUUAAAUUGAUCUCAAUGGUAUUAAAUUGAUCUUGACAUUGUUUAAAUUAUUAAAAGUUGCAGACUUUAUGAAAAUCAGCUUCUAUAACUGUUUUCUUAGGGCAUUUUUGUGUAUUUGGAAUUGGUAAAAUUUUAUAUUAAAGUGGCAGCAUUUUGUUUAAUUGAA